AUGGGCAUGGCUGCUCCGCGCGCGCCGCUGCCUCUCCCCAAGCUGCUGCUCCUCGUCGUCGCCGCGCUCCUCGCCGCCGCUCCCCUCCUUAGGGCGGCCGGGGCGGACGAGUUCGACGUCCGCCGCCACCUCUCCACCGUCACCAGGAACAGAUUCACAGAAAGGAUUGCAUAUUUAGGUGGUAACCUGAUAUUAUCUGUUACUCUUUUACUAGGCAAGACAUGGGACUCAAGGCCCUACCAACAAAAGCGAAUCAAGGAGCUGGAUAGAUUGGCAGUUCGACUGGAAGCCCUCAUGAAAGAGGCAAAUCAGGGCCUUGAUAGUGAUUCUCUGAAGAAAAUUCCAUCCUGGAUUAAAGGCUGGGAAUCACGUUGGAAGGGUAGGACUAAAGGUGGUGAGCUGAUUAGUGAAGGGGAAGAGGAGCUGUACAAUUUAGCUACCAGAGUUCCUCGAGCAUCAGCUAGUGCAGUGGCAUUUGGUUUGGGACUACUUUCUGGGAAAGGAAAGCUUGGACAAGGGAAGAACCGUGCCUUUUCUGUUCUGAGUGAGAGUCGCGCAAGUGAUAUUUGUCUGAGAUUCUUUGACAGCUGUGAGACAUACAAGGCAUACAGGAAAAGGAAGGAGCCUGAUGUAGAGAAGCAAAAGGCGCCAAUUCUAGACCAUGUCACAGCUGCAGUUGCCAAUCGUUAUCACCUAAAAUUUACAACUCAGGAUGUUUCUUCCUCUGGUUUCUUUGAAGCAUCUUUGUUGAAUAUAACCAAUCAAGCUUGUGGGCUUUUCAAUGAAGCUGAGGUUCGUUUUCUAGAGUGGACAGAUGAUUUGGAGGGUUUUGUUCUAAAAGGCUAUGGUGAGUCAAUUAACUAUAGGAUGGGACUGCCUUUGCUCAAGGAUGUUGUCCAGUCAAUGGAAGAAGCAAUCAUAGCUAGAGAAGAGAACCGCCCUGAUGGUAUGUAUGAAAAGGCAAGGCUCCGAUUUGCACAUGCAGAAACUGUUGUUCCUUUUAGCUGCCUUCUCGGUCUUUUUCUUGAAGGUCCAGACUUUGAGAAGAUACAGAGGGAGGAAGCGCUGGACCUACCCCCUUUGCCGCCGCAGGGAAGAAACUGGAAAGGCAGUGUUGUUGCGCCUUUUGCUGGUAACAACAUGCUGGUUUUAUACCAAUGCCCAAGUAAAAUUUCGGAUGGCAGCACAAUCUCUGGAGACCAAAAUAAUUCAUACUUCAUUCAAGUUCUACACAACGAAGCCCCAGUCUCAAUGCCUGGGUGCGGCAACAAAGAUUUCUGUCCAUUCGAGGAAUUCAAGGAGAAGAUUGUGAAACCGCACCUGAAGCACGACUACAACAUGAUAUGCAAGAUCAAAUCCCCGGCGGCAAGCGAGGAGGCCGCCUCGUUCCCCUCCAGAGUGUCCAGUUUCUUCCUAGGACUCUUCUCGCAGAGAGGGCACCGCGCCGUGGGCGCUGAAGGCGUCAAGACCGAGCUCUGUACUGUGCCAUUUACUACUCUGCUACAAGUGUGCAAGGCUGUGAUGAGUGUGCGAGCCUGUGAGGCUGAGAGUGAUUUUUCAGUGGAAAAAUCCAAAAGAGACUUCGAGAGGCGGGUAGUACCAACCGCAUCCCUAGAGAUCGAGAUGGCAAGCGGGGAAGAAGGCAAGGGGGAGACGGUGCUGGUCACCGGCGCCAGCGGCUUCAUCGGCUCGACCCUCGUCCGCGGCCUCCUCGGCCGUGGCUACAACGUCCGCGCCGGCGUCCUCAACCCCGAUGAUAGGGCGGAGACGGACCACCUCCUCUCGCUCGCCGCCGGCGCCGGCGACGGCCGCCUCGGCUUCUUCCGCUGCGACCUCCUGGACGGCGCCGCGCUGCUCGACGCGGCGCGGGGGUGCUCGGGCGUCUUCCACCUCGCGUCACCCUGCACCGUCGACCCCGUCAAGGACCCCCAGAACCAGCUGAUGGUGCCCGCGGUAGAAGGGACGCUGAACGUGCUGCGCGCUGCCAAGGACGCCGGCGGAGUGCGGCGGGUUUGGUACCCUGCUUCGAAGACACUGGCAGAGAAGGCAGCGUGGAAGUUUGCAGAGGAGAAGGGUCUGGAUGUGGUUGUGGUUAACCCGGGAACAGUGCUGGGCCCCAUGAUUCCACCAGCCAUCAACGCUAGCAUGGCCAUGUUUUGUCGCCUCCUUGAAGGCUGCACAGAGGGGUAUGCCGAUUUCUUCAUGGGGCCAGUGCACGUGGAAGACGUUGCCAUGGCGCAUAUCCUGGUGUUCGAGAACCCAUCGGCGUCGGGGAGGCACAUGUGCGUCCAGUCCAUCUGUCACUGGAGCGACUUCGCGGCCAAAGUCGCCGAGCUGUACCCCAACUACAAAGUGCCCAAGCUCCCCAAGGACACCCAGCCUGGGCUGGUGAGAGAGGAGGUAGGCUCCAAGAAGCUCAUUGCGCUGGGGCUUCAGGUCACCCCCAUGGAGAAGAUCAUCAGGGACGCCGUGGAGAGCCUCAAGAGCCGAGGCCACAUCUCCUGA